GAUAUAUCGAAACACCACCUAAUUUUUCUAAAGAGGUCGGAACAAAAUGGUUUUCGACUAAAAAGACCACUCUGAUAACAUUUUAAUUAUAAGACCAAUUAAUUAAAAAUUGUUUAAUAUUACUUUAAAUAUCACAACAUUUUGAUAAAAACAUUGACAAAUGAACCUGUUGAACAUGUUUGUGCAACGACGAAGAUGACGAAGAUUGUUUGUAAAAUACUUUAUGGUGUUUUAAAAAUAUAUAUGAACAAAUAAAUGAUAAAACUAAGAAAACGAUGAGCCAUAGCGUGAUAGGGUAAGGGAAUUUUAUAGUUGUUUAGCUUAAGCUUGUUUUAUCAUGUUUACUGUUGUUUCACUUGUUUUUAAGAAAAGAUAACAAUCCAACUAAUCUAAAGCAUUUGAUCAUUAAUAUCUGUGUUUCAGAAUGCCUCCACUACAAAAGUUUGACCAACGGUAACAGGAAAGUGUCCCACGGUUCAUCUCCAGCUCUUUGUGAUAAGUCACUCCCACAUGGAUGGUAUCGUUUCCAAGGUAACGCAGGGACAAAAAUGCCUACGUCAUGCGUUGCUCCUAACAAAUGUAGUACCCAUGCCACUGGCUGGCUUAACGGUGCUCAUCCGUCAGUAGAAGAAGGCAAAGUCACCAAAAAGGUCUGCUUCAGCUGGGGCUCAAACUGCUGCAGGUGGUCGAUCAAUAUUGAAGUGCUCAACUGCGGAGAUUUCUUCCUGUAUCACUUCAGAGGAACGCCCCGGGAACAUCCAUGUCAUCUUCGUUACUGUGGUACCGACUGAGGGAAUCAAGGUUUUCGAAUUCUCAUUCUUCGGGACAAAAAAAUGUGUUCAAACGCCAAUCUUAAGUUCAGAAUAGACAACCCAGUGGCUUUUCAUACUAGAGGGAACUACUUACUAUAGAAUUUAGUGAAUCUGAGAAGUAAAACGGUAUGUUUGCCUAAAGUUUUACUCACAGAGUUUCAAUCCUAAUUCCUAAUAGCUGGCUUGUUGGCUUGUUAAGUUAUUUAGUUUUUUUGUGAGUUUCUAAAGAAACUGUAGUGUUGCGUCAAAGCUGAGAGAAAUGCAUCCACCACAAUGUUCUCCCUGCUGCUAGAACACUCAGUCCUAUAGUGUCUUGCACUUUCUCCCAUUAAGUUGGAGUCCUGCUCUGGCUGCUUAAUUCCUCCCCAAUCUCUUAGUCUUUACGUACAAGUCAUUGAACUUAGAUGACAUUAGUGCAAUGUCAUCCGCGAAAUCAAGGUCCUCCAGUACUGUUGUGAAAUUCCACUUUAUCAAUCUUCUCUUGUUUGCUGUUGCCUUCCUCAAUCAUGACCCAAUCCAAGCAAAGUAAGAAUAGGAAACCUGACAUCCCGCACCCCUGUUUUACCCCAGACUUGAUCAUAAACCAGUCUGAUGUCAAACUCCCGUCAACUACCGUCGACAACAGCCGUUAACACUACAUGUUGUUAAAUAUUGAGGCGGUAACUAUUCUGAAAGCUCACUACUUUACUAUGCGUUGUGGUUGUGAUUCAGUCUUUUAAAAGCUCAGACAUCCACGUGUUUACUUUUGAAAGCGAUUAAUGUUUAAGCAUGAAGUUCAGUUUCAUCCAGUAUAUAUAGAGAAUGAAAAAAUAAUUGUGAU